GCCGGAGAUGGGCAUUGAAAGCUGCGCUGUGUGAGCCGGUGCGAUCACUGAGUGACAGGCUGCCCGUACUCUGCUCUGAUCCCGGAGAGCCCCGGACUCCAUACACCCGGAUCCACCGCUCCACCAACAGGUGUACCCAACAAUCAGGAGCCAGCUCUGUCCUGGAGUUGAAGCCAGCAGCCCCCCAGACCUCUGAUCAUGAAUGGUAGAAGUCAAGCAUGGCUCAGAGUAACUGUCUUGCUAUUCAUAGCUCCAACAGUUGCUGCAAUGCUCAUUCCCAAUAGCACACAAUUAGAAGGCCUCCUGGAGAAGUACAUGGAGGAGGAUGGCGAGUGGUGGGUCGCCAAGCAGAGAGGAAAAAGAGCCAUCACCGAGAGCGACAUGAAGCUCAUUCUGGAUCUGCAUAAUAAAUUAAGAGGAGAAGUAUAUCCACCGGCCUCGAAUAUGGAGUAUAUGGUAUGGGACGUGGAGCUUGAACGAUCUGCUGAAGAAUGGGCAUCUACUUGUUUAUGGGAACAUGGUCCAGCAAAUUUGCUCCCAUCCAUUGGACAGAACCUCGGGGCUCACUGGGGGAGAUACAGGCCUCCAACCUACCAUGUCCAGGCUUGGUAUGAUGAAGUGAGAGAUUACACAUUUCCAUAUCCACAAGAAUGUAACCCCUACUGCCCAUUUAGGUGUUCAGGACCUGUUUGCACUCACUAUACACAGCUUGUUUGGGCAACGAGUAGCAGAAUUGGUUGUGCCAUAAACCUGUGUCAUAACAUGAACGUUUGGGGGCAAAUCUGGCCGAAGGCAAUCUAUUUAGUGUGCAAUUAUUCUCCAAAAGGAAACUGGUGGGGACAUGCUCCAUAUAAACAUGGCCGUUCUUGUUCUGCUUGCCCACCCAGCUAUGGAGGAGGAUGCAGAGACAAUCUUUGUUACAGAGAAGGUUCAGAAUUUCACUAUCCUAUACCUGAACCGGAGGAAGAGACAAAUGAAAUUGAGAGGCAGCGAUCCAAAGCUAUUGAUACCACCUCGCAGAGCAGAGCAAGAACUCAUUCCCCAACCUCUUCAACCAGGCCCGAUGCUUACAAUAGCAAUGAAGUGGUCAGCACAGAGCAAAUGUCUCAAAUCGUGUCUUGUGAAGUACGACUGAGGGACCAGUGUAAAGGGACAACGUGCAACAGAUAUGAAUGUUCAGCUGGCUGUUUGGAGAACACAGCAAAAGUAAUAGGAAGUGUACAUUAUGAGAUGCAAUCAAGUAUUUGCAGAGCAGCCAUACAUGCUGGUAUAAUAGACAAUGAUGGAGGAUGGGUGGAUGUCACAAGACAAGGAAGAAGAAAUUAUUUCAUCAAAUCCUAUAGAAACGGAAUUCAGUCAAUCGGCAAAUAUCAGUCUGCAAACACAUUCACAAUUUCCAAAGUAGCAUUUCAGGCUGUGACGUGUGAAACAACCGUAGAACAAAUGUGCCCUUUUCAGGCUCCAGCGUCACAUUGUCCCAGAGUAUACUGUCCACGUAAUUGUGCUCAAGCAAGUCCACAUUAUGCUCGAGUCUUUGGAACCCGCAUUUAUUCUGAUAUAUCUAGUAUUUGCAAAGCAGCUCUACAUGCUGGGGUGGUCCGCAAUCUUCAAGGAGGCUACGUGGACGUUAUGCCAAUUGAUAAGAAGAGACACUACUUUGGAUCAACCCAGAAUGGGAUCACUUCAGAGAGUUUACAUAAUCCACUAGGCAGCAAGGCUUUCAGAAUCUUCGCCGUCAUCUGAAACUGUUGAAAAGAAGCAUUUGGAAAGCUCAGCAAUCAAGGAGUAACUGUUUCAAAGUUUGUAUAAAGAUGUAUUGUUGUUGUACAGAAUAUAGCACCCAUUUUAAUAUAAUACGGUAUGUAUGUGGAUCAUAGAAUAUUUUGGCAGAAUGAAAAACAGAAAAUUUAAAAAAGAGAAAUAAUGUAUUUUAUAAAUUCCUGCUGUAAUUUGUCCCUUGUCAGCAUUCAAGCUAUAUGGUACCACUUGUGUUGUAAAAACGAUAUCUUUACAUAACAUACAUUUAAUGCCACAGUUGGUGAGGAAUACUUUAUAUGUUAAUAAUAAGCAGUGCUUCUGCUGCUGUCUUUAUCAAUUUUCUAUUUCCUAUAUUUGCCUCAUGCUAAUAGAAAGAACGAGAGUCACUGAUGAAAGACAGAUAUGAAACAUAAUUGCUGGGCAGCUGCUAUCAGCUAUAGAAUACCCAAAUCAACUUUUGAAAUUGUGAAUAUGGUCAAUACAUCUUAGUAUUAUUGCUUCAUUCAAUUGAUACAGAAAGUUGUAUAACUUUUGAAGGAUAGGCCUAAAAUAUCAGUUUCUUAAAAGUUAUUUUCUUUCCUUAACUUUUAAAGACAACCAUCAUGUAAUUAUAGGAGUAAUUUUGCAUCUGCUGUUCUGCAAUUUGAAAAUAUACAACAUGAAUAUAUUUAAAAAUGGCAUUGAUGUUGCCCUUCGUUUGAAAUGCUUGACAGAUACUGCCCCUACCACUGAGGCAAAUGUUAGGUUGGUCACCUAUACUAAAACUGAUAUUAUGAAAUUGUUUAAAGCGGGGGUUCACCGUAAAAACAAUUUUCUAACAUUACAUUGA